UCAAAAUGUAGACAUAAAAUCUCACUGUACAAAAAAGUUUUUAGUCCAUCUAAGACGUCCAAAGGAAUUUGUUGACAGACGUUUCAUUAUUUCAGCACUGACGUUAUUAUCUUAUCCUCCUGAUUUUCGUUUUCCUUGGAACAUCUUGUAAAUGAACAGUGCGUAGCAAAACAGACUUCUACUUGCUAAUGUGAUAACUGUACCUGUGGUUCUGUGAUAAGCGAACUAACAUGGCCGCGAGCAACGGAGUAGAGACAGAUGCAGCACCUGAUCUAGAAGACUCUCCAAACGAACUAGAUCUAUGCUCUUUUGAAAAACACAAAUAUCUAAUGGGCUCCGAGCUAAGGAAAGAUAACUUUGAAAUACUUAUAAUAAGCCACGAGGAUGACGACAAACAAGUGCGAAAGUUCCAACAGUCAUUAAUGGAAAAAGUCAAGUAUUCCAAAUACAAUGUACUGGUGAAUCCCAAAGUGGAACUGCAUCGAGAUCUUAUUUACGAAGACGAUUCCCCGACUCCAGAGCUGGAUUUCUCUUUGAGAAAAGCCACUGUUGUUUUUCUGUACGCCACCCACUCCUUCAGCAUGUGUCAGUGGACUGUGUUUGAAGGUCGGGUGUCGCUGGGCAAUGUCGUCAAAAUGGGCUCUCAUUCGUUAUACGUGGUACAUACAAAGCCGAAAGAUAAACGAGAUUAUUCCUUGCCAUCGACUCUGACAGGCCCCACAGAUCUUUGCUUUUCUGAAGAUGAUAAUAAUGAGCAAUUUUACAAGAAUGUAGCAAAUAUCUUGAAUAAAUCUAAUUGCGUACAAUAUAAAAAGGACGUUGAACUUUAUAAUAAGAGACUCGGAUUCUUUCAGACAAAAUAUCCUCAUAUUCUCAAGCAUUAUAAGUUAAACAACGACCCCAGAAUUCUGGGCCAAACAGAUUUAGUAGCCAACCCACAGACACCUAAUGAUCCUAAGCAACGCGCCGAUUCAAAUCAAACGCGUUGUGCUAAAACAGUUGCUAUAACAGAAGAGUCAUCUGCUAUAGAGGUAAACAGAAUUGAUAACAAUACAAAAUUAGGCCAAAUUUCCCUCGAUAAGCCUUCAGGCUCUUCCAGUGGCACAGAGACUGGACCUGAUGUGGAAGUAGACAACGCCUUGCAGACUCUUGAAAUGCCUAAGUCUCUAUCCCCGAGCGCUCCGGUGAAAGAAGAUAAGACACUGAGGGGUACGGGUCCUGCAGAAGGUCAGGACAGAGCAUCAGGUCAUGCUGUAGACGACGAAGAAACAUGCUGCAUGACAAGUGACCUUACUGAACUCAAGCUUAUUGAUGACAUUCCAGUGCCUGUACCAAAAGAGGACCCUUCCACGACAGUUACUUCAGAUGAGCACACACAACCUAAAGAACUAUGUGAGGUUAUUGAUGACCUUCCAGUGCCUGUACCAAAAGACAACCCUUCCACGACAGUUACUUCAGAUGAGCACACACAACCUAAAGAAAUAAGUGAGGUUAUUGAUGACCUUCCAGUGCCUGUACCAAAAGAAGAUCAUUCCACGACAGUUAAUUCAGUUGAACACACACAACCUAAAGAAAUAUGUGAGGUUAUUGAUGACCUUCCAGUGCCUGUACCAAAAGACGACCCUUCCACGACAGUUAAUUCAGUUGAACACACACAACCUAAAGAAAUAUGUGAAAAUUUAUCCAGUGUAGCUGACAAUGAUUCGGUGGUUGCUGACUGCGGCAUUAAAGCUACUGACGUAGAGUUUGGUGUCAAAGAUAAGGAAACAGAACUUGUAAAGGAGUUAACAAUAUCUGACAGUUGUAUACGGAAUACAAAUACCGGUAUUAUGACUGUUAGUACUUUUAGUUCCGAUUCAGGUUGUUGUGAAUCAGACUUCAAAACGGAAAUUUCACUAAACUAAUUCAAAUACAAGCAGCAUACAUAUAAACAAAUCUAUUCAUUAUUUAUGAUGUUAUAAGAAAAUCAGAUUGUCUCGGAUCUAAUCGGAUUGUCUUGGAUCUAAUCAGAUUGUCUCGGAUCUAAUGGGAUUGUCUCGGAUCGAAUCGGAUCAGAUCUCAUCCGAUUGGAUCGGAUCUGAAUCUGAUAGGAUCGGAUCUAUUCGGAUUGGCUCGGAUCUAAUUGGCUUGGAUCGGAUAUGGUUCGGAUCAGAUCGGAUAGUCACUGACAAAAAAAUAGGCCAGUGAGGGUAUCGAACCCACGAAUUUUCCCGUUAUUAGCGCGAGACUUUCCAAACGCCCACCCACCUGGCUUUUUUCUUCCAUCUAUCCAUCUUUUCCUACCGAUGAAUGAAGACACUGAAGUGGAGGGUUUGAGAUCAACUGAAAUAGCAAAUGCACGACAAUUAUGAUCUAUAUACAUUUUUUUCUUUUCAAGAAAAUGGUGUACCCCUUAACUUAUAUAUUUAUUUUUUUUUUUUGGAAAUGUUGAUUCAGUGAUUAUUAUACCACCAAGCUACAUUCUCUGGGAUCACUAUAACUCUUCAUUAGAUAUUCCCUAGCCAGGGGCGGACUGGCUAUAUGGGCAUUCGGGCAAAUGCCCGGUGGGCCGGUAUCCAAAUGGGCCGGUAGGACCACAGUAAGUAUCUUCUUUUUUGAAAUCACGCCUGUAUUUUGUAAGAUAAGGGCCGCAUGGAUGCCACUAUUAAAUUGUUAAAUUUUUCAUAGUAUUCCUUUUUCAGGGGAAGGGGCCUCUGAGCGAAGAAUUUUCUUAAAAAUCUUUUACAGACUCUACUAAGACUCUACUAAUUUAAUCUAACAUAUUUUCCGAAAUAAUGUAAUAGCCUACUUAUGUAGAGCUUCAUCCUUUCAGGGCCUAUACACUUUACGAUUAAAAAGAAACAUAAAGUCUUUAUUCCUUAUAAGGACAUAGUGUUCACUGUAAGCAUGUGUACAUCUAUCAAUACAUUAUCAAAUUUAACAUAAUGAUUUUGAGGACAUGUAGACCCAGAACUGGAUGACCAUCAUUUAAUAUACAAUUUAUGGGCCGGUUUUGAUACCCAGACCACCCCUAUGCUCAGUACAGUUUGCUCAGAGGAAAAAUAAAAGCUUAUGUUAACGAAACAAUUUUGUGAAAAUAAUGGUUAAUAUGCUAAUUACGAAUCCCAUUACAAAGUUUCCUUUAUAAUUGAUUUAGCAAAAUACAGUUUUUGUGAAAUCCACGGAUACCAUACGUAAAUAUGAUAUUUACAUUAUCAUUUAAUUAUUUUUUUUUUCUCUAGCUAUAUUUCAAUUUCAAUGGUCUAAGUCUCUACACAAGGCUUAUCUCCCCUUACCUAAGUACAUUUUCUUUGUAAAAAGUAUAAUUAGGACUAAUUGAUUAACUAAAUUGGUUGAUAUUUUGAUUGAUUCUUGUGUUGUAAUCAAGCAUGAACCUGUAUGCAAAAUUUGAAGACGAUAAAAUGAGUAAUAGUGCGACACAUACAAGAAAUAUACACUUGUAAUAAAAACAGUAAUUGUGUCACGUGACUCUUUUUAAGGCGGCGUGGAAUAUUAUUGCUUAUUUUGUACGCAGACUUUGAUUAGUAAAUAUUUAUUUUCCAAAUUGAAAGUGACCGUUUGUUUACUAAAUAAAUGAUGACACUUUGAUUUUUAUGUACAGUGAGGUCUGACUGAAAGGAAUAUAUGUCUAUUGUUAUUUUGUUAUUACUGUAAGACUUAUGCAACUUUAAAACAUCAGUCUUUCCUAAACGCAAUGAUGUGAUAAUACAAUGUUGUGCUGCCUGCCUGACACUCACCACUGAAGUCUUUCCAGCCAGUGUAUUUCCAAUGGUGAGACGCUAUUACAUACUAGCGAGCAGAAAACUAUGUAAAAUCGAAGGGAGGAAAAAAAUUGCCCUCCUUUAUUUUGUUUCUCCUUACUCCUUGACGCUCCUGGUUGAGGUAAAAAUAUGUCUGGUGUGAUGUAUGGAAAGUAUUUAUUGUUAUAAUUAUCUAAUUUUUUUAUUUUUUAUUGAAAUAAUUUUUUGUUGUUGUUAGAUUGAUGUAUAGGUGCAUGUCUAAUAGUCAUCAUGCCAUAGAAUUACUUGUAGUAUUGGUAAAGACGAAGUUUAUAAUGUAGCUUACCAUUAGUCUCCUGUUUACCAUCACUUGUUUACCAUCACUUGUUUACCAUUACUUGUUUACCAUUACUUGUUUACCAUUACUUGUUUACCAUUACUUGUUUACCAUUACUUGUUUACCAUUACUUGUUUACCAUUAUUUGUUUACCAUUACUUGUUUACCAUCACUUGUUUACCAUUAUUUGUUUACCAUUACUUGUUUACCAUUAUUUGUUUACCAUUACUUGUUUACCAUCACUUGUUUACCAUUACUUGUUUACCAUUACUUGUUUACCAUUACUUGUUUACCAUUACUUGUUUACCAUUACUUGUUUACCAUUAUUUGUUUGUUUUGAACAUCAAUGUUAGGUCCAUCAUUUCAGGACUAAUAACAUUAUACAAAUACACACAAUGAUAUUACCAAAUAGAUCUACGAGACCGACACCAGACCAAGCGUUAUAAAAGGCCUCAACACUACGACGUCUAAGCUUGUGGGUGUUCAGCCCAGUUAUUCAUCGCCACGUCACAAGGACCUGUGACUUGGCAACUAGUGAUUGUUCUCCACUCCCCUUAGGUUGUGACGUUGCAAUUCGGUGUUCAGGCCUUGUGUGAAGAUUGGUCUCAAUUGAUAUAUUUUUUAUUUCUCCAUGAUUGAUAGAAAAAAGUACAUUCCAUAUUUUUAAAUCAUAAUUUUACACAUUUUGAUCAAGCUUUUAAAAAAAAAGGAAUAAUGUUUUUUCGUAAAUUCAGCUAACACAGCAACACACUGAGCAUAUUACUGUGACCGUGAUUGUUUCUUCAGCAUGCAGAGGCCCCUCUUAAGAAUGAGGCCCUGGGCGAAUGCAAAGUCUGUACUUUUGUAAAUCCGUCUCUGUAUUGGAUGUUGGAAAUGCUAGAAAUUGAUUGUUGCGUUUUCUAAACAAUUAAAAAAAAGGGACUUAGCUUUUGUAGUAGUUAUCAGGUGCAGACAUUAGCUCUUAUUUAUUAUAUUUUAUUAUUUAAAA